UAAUAAUAAUAAUAAUAAUAAUAAUAAUAAUAAGUUUAUUUAUAUCCCGCCUCCAUCUCCCCCAAAGGGGACUUGGGGCGGCUUACAGCAAAAUAAAAAAUCAAAAUACAAACAAUGAUAAAAUAUGAAACAUUAAGGACAAAAACAGAAACCAAUAAUAAAAUAUACACAAUAGGCGAAAAAACACAACACAGAAUUAAAACAUCGAAUUAAAAACAAUGAGGUUGCAAUAGUGGAUAAGCAAGGUGCACAUUAUGAGUAACAAAUUCGUAAAUAGAUAAAGGUGUUGGAAAUAUCAACCUCCCAAGUCUUUCACUAUUUAUUUGGUAAUGUAUAUAUUUGCUAACCUGUAUCCUAUGUGUAUGUUGAUUUGCCAGUUUAAUUAUACCUCUUUGGUGUGGGAGGGAUUAUAGACAUGUGAUUGUACUGAGCAUGUUCAGACUCAAGACUCCAUUUUAUGGCCAGUCUAUUCUACACCUCAAUGGAGGUGGAUGCAUGUUGCUGUUUGGACUUCAGUAGAAAAGUAUGACUUAUGGACUUCAGGACUGUGGGGAAGGCGACUCCUGUCUUCUCCUCCCCACGGAUGGGAAGGGCUCCCGGAUGCACUUUGCCUGUUUGGCGGAGCAGAGUCUAUGCUUUGGACAAAACGCCUUUGAGGUGAGAGCCACAGAAGCUGCACCUGGAGCUGCCAAGGAAUGCCAGAAGACGUUCUUCUUGAAGAAAAACAUCAAACCGCAGCCUCCCUUCAACUUGACGGUUUCCGCCUCCCCCUCGGGGUACAACGUGUCCUGGGAGACGCCCUACCAGCACCAGAAGUACCAUCCCCUGAGGGACCGCCUGCGCCACCAGCUACGCAUCCAGAAGAAGGGCCACUCCUGGCAGGGCCAGAUCCAGAAGCCCAUCCUUCAAGACACAGGGUCCCUAUGGCUCCAGCUUCUGGAGUUCAAGGCGGGCACAGAGUUUGAGCUCCAGGUGCGGUCCCAGCCGGAGUCCCCUUAUCAAGGCACAUGGAGUGCCUGGAGCCCCCCGGCCUUCCUCUCCACGCCUUCUAAGACCUCCGACAGCCGCAAGGAAUCCAGAGGGCCCUCCAAGUGGCUGCUGCUGUCCCUGGUUCUACUCCCUGCGCUCCUGGCUUUGCUGGGUCAGAGGUUGUGGAAGAAGCUGGACCCCUUUGUCCCCAGCCCCGCACCCUUCUUCCAGCCACUCUACCUGAGUCACAAGGGAGACUUCAAGAAAUGGGUGGGCAGCCCUGGCCCUGGAGCCACACUGGAGGUCUCGGAGAGGGUCCCUGGAGCCGGGCUUGAAGUACUUGGGAGGGGCAGCGUCAAGCUCCUGGCAUUGCUGGCUUCCUGUGAGGCUGGAUGCAGGGCCCACGAUGGUGCCAGACAUGUGGAGCCCCUCCCUGUGGAAGAGCAGUCCUACGGCCUCCUCUCAAUCGACACAGUCACCGUGGACGAUGGUGGGAUCGGGGCUUGUUGCCCACAGUGUGGCCACUGUGCUGCUGAGGAGCCCCUCCAUGCAGAAGAGGAAGGGGAGGAGGCAGGUGCAAGAAAUGCCUACCGCAGGAUUGAAGACAGCAGCAGUGCGGGCCAGGAUGGGCAGGUCCCCGGGACUGAGGGCCCACCUGAGAGGAACCCUCCUCUCCCCCCACUUCUCUCAAAUGAUGCCCCGGCUGCUCCCCCUCCUGCGGAGGGGCCCUUGUUCUUCUUUGGCCCAACCUUGGCUCUCUUGCAGCCUCCUGAGCGUUGCCUCAUGAUCCCAGAGGAGGAAGCCCCUCCCUAUAGCACUCUGCUGUCCCUCUAUUCGGAGACCGAAGACGAGGGCGACCCCGAGAGCAGCCUGGACCUGGACACCAUUGACAGCGGCUUUGUGGACUGUGACUAUGGAAGUCCUCUGGACUCAGAGAGUGGGAAAAAGCCCUCCAACGAAGGAGAAGCAGCUGCAGUGGAAACCGAAGAGCAGGAGACCUCCCUACCAAGUUACGUCAAGCAGUGGGUCUCUGGCCACAAGCUCAAGGCUUGAAGGCCCUGCACUGGCCCAUCCAACCCCUUGCUAGAUGUUGGUUUACUUUGGGAUAUGGGUGGGUUGUUAUUGUAUUUGUGUUAUGGCUGUUUUCAAGGCAAUGUACAUUUGUGUUUGUGUUUGUUGGAAUCCGCCCUGUGUCUCCUUAGGGAGAUAGGGUGGAAUACAAAUAAAAGUAUUAUUAUUAUUGUA